GAAUCUUACUUUUGAAACAAUGAGUGAUGUGAUGUGGCCCACACAUUACAUUUACUUUUCCAAGCAGCACUUGGAAAAGAGUCGUGUAAAUGCUUAAUAGACGCUUAAUAGACGCCUUUGACGAAUCAAACACAGUUCAUCGAAAUAUCAUUCUCAUAAAACAAACAUUUAACAAUAUUUUAGGAUCGGAAAGGAAAAAUUACAGUCAAGCCUCUUCCCUUCCAACUACCUUGUUAUGUCUGGAAAUGCAUGUGUCCACGUGAAUCUGAGCAAUAGCAGGGAAGCAGAAUUCUAUUGAUCGGAAGCACUGGUUACAUAGGAAAGUUCAUCGUGGAAGUGUCAAAGCUGGACACCCAACCUUUUCUUUUGGCGAGGGAAUCCAGACUUUCAAACCCUGCAAAAUCCUAUCUUAUUGACAAAUUCAAAGGCCUCGGUGUCAAUGUUGUUAAGAUCACCAAAGUUUGGUGAAUGCCAUAAAGCAAGUGGAGGUGGUGAUCUCUACCGUAGGCCAAUUCCAGCUAGCGGCCAAGAUAACAUCAUUUCUGCAAUAAAAGAAGCUGAAAAUGUUAAGCAAAAAGAAAGUUGAGCAAUGGCAAGGAAUAGCAGCAAGAGCAAGAUUCUGUUCAUCGGAGGCACUGGUUACACCGGAAAAUUCCUGGUGGAGGCCAGUUCCAAAGCUGGCCACCCAACCUUCCUUUUGGUGAGGGAGUCGACUUUCUCCAACCCUGCAAAAUCAUCCCUCAUUCACAACUUCCAAAGCCUUGGUGUCAACAUUGUUUUCGGAGAUUUAUACGAUUACCAAAGUUUGUUGAAUGCAAUAAAGCAGGUAGAUGUGGUAUUUUCUACCGUAGCACGCUCGCAUCUAGCUGAUCAAGAUAACAUCAUUUCUGCAAUAAAAGAAGCAGGAAAUGUUAAGAAAUUCUAUCCAUCUGAGUUUGGAAAUGAUGUGGAUCGAAAUCAUGCAGUCGAACCGGCGACGAUUGCAUAUGCAAAGAAGGCCAAAAUUCGUCGAACUAUUGAGGCUGAAGGAAUUCCUUACACUUAUGUGUCAUGUAACUUCUUUGAUGGUCACUUCCUACCAACCUUGUCGCAACCUGGAGCUACAACUCCUCCUAGAGACAAAAUUAUCAUCCUAGGAAAUGGAAAUCCCAAAGCUGUUUUCAAUAAGGAAGAGGAUGUUGCUACUUACACAAUCAAUUCAGUUGAUGAUCCAAGAACUUUGAACAAAAUUCUCUACAUUAGACCUCCGAAUAACACGUUGUCGUUUAAUGAACUUGUCACACUUUGGGAGAAGAAGAUUGGUAAAACUCUUGAAAGAAUCUAUGUUCCAGAAGAACAAGUACUAAAGCAGAUCCAAGAGUCUUCACCACCCUUGAAUAUUUUCUUGGCAUUUAACCACGCUGCUUACGUAAAAGGUGACCAUGCUAACUUUGAAAUUGAGUCUUCUUUUGGAGUGGAAGCUUCAGCUUUAUAUCCUGAUGUGAAAUACACCACAGUGGAUGAGUAUCUUAAUAACCUUGUGUGAGAUAUGCAAGCAAGCUUAGUUGAUAUUAUAUUCUUGGUGAAACUUGGUACCCUAUUCAAAUAUAAUGAUAUAAUAUCAAUUUGUUGCUAUCUAUGUCAUCGAAAAAGAAUGAUGUACCAAGAAUCAUGUGUUGUGUUGUACUGUUGCAAUUUUAUUAUACAUAUGUUUUUAUCGGAAUUUGUGGGGUUGAUCGGAGAUGGAAGGAACCUCUUGUCAACGUAUAUGCGAACUCUUGAUUGUCAAAAAUGGAGAGAAGUCCAUCUGUAAGGACUUCCACGGA